UUACCCAGCAGGUAAACUCCACCAUGGCGGCUAGAGGCCAUGUGCAGGACCCCAACGACAGGAGGCUCAGACCCAUAUACGAUUAUCUUGAUAAUGGCAACAAUAAAAUGGCGAUACAGCAGGCAGAUAAACUGCUGAAGAAACAUAAGGACCUGCACUGUGCCAAGGUCCUCAAAGCAAUUGGUCUUCAGAGGACUGGAAAGCAGGAUGAAGCUUUCGCUCUGGCCCAGGAAGUGGCCACGCUUGAGCCCACUGAUGACAACUCGCUACAAGCUCUGACUAUACUGUACAGAGAGAUGCAUCGUCCUGAGCUGGUUGCCAAGCUGUACGAAGCUGCAGUGAAGAAGGUUCCCCUCAGCGAGGAGUAUCACUCUCACCUCUUCAUGGCGUACGCCCGGGUGGGGGAGUACAAGAAGAUGCAGCAGGCAGGAAUGGCCUUGUACAAAAUCGUCCCCAAGAAUCCGUACUACUUCUGGUCUGUCAUGAGUCUGGUGAUGCAGGCCAUCUCAGCACAAGAUGAAAAACUGGCCCAGACCAUGUUCCUGCCUCUGGCUGAGCGCAUGGUGGAGAAAAUGGUCAAGGAGGAGAAGAUUGAAGCUGAAGCAGAGGUGCAGCUGUAUUUCAUGAUCCUGGAGCGUUUGGGAAAGUGUGUCGAGGCUCUCGACGUGAUCAGGGGCCCACUCGGGGAGAAACUGACCAGCGAGCUGCAGAGCAGAGAAAACAAGUGCAUGAUGCUCUAUCAGAGGCUACAACGCUGGCCGGAGUGCAACGCUUUGGCCCACAAGCUGCUGCUUAAAAAUCCCGACGAUUGGCAGUUCUAUCCCUCCUACUUCGACUCUCUCUUCCACCUGAUCGACCAGUCGUGGAGUCCGCCGGAGGAAGGCGAACACUGUUCGGAGGGCUCGGUUCAUCACACCGUGGCUGAGGUGGUGAGGUUUGUGGAGGAGAGAAUUAAAGGGGAGGACGGCAAAGAGUCUCGCUCACUCAGAGGACCCUAUUUAGCUCGGCUUGAAUUAAUGCACAGACUGAGAGAGCGGGGCUGUCCUGAAGAAAGCCUGCUAGGUGAGCCUUUAGAGCUAAUGGUGCAGUUCUUUGGGAAGUUUGGAGACAAACCCUGCUGCAUCACCGACCUAAAACUAUACCUCCACCUGCUUUCUCCUGAUCAACACGUUCAGUUCGUUAACCGUCUGAGCGAGGCGGUUCCGCUGGGGGAGCGGGGAGAUGAGGGAUUUGCUUUCCCGGAGGACACCAAAGCGCUGCAGAGGCAUUUGUGUGUGUGUCAGCUGAGUCGAGCUCUCGGCCUGCAUCACUCUCUCGACGUGGAGGGAAAACUGCGUCUCAUCGCGGAGCUCAAAGCUCACUAUCGUCACGGGCUCAAGUUUGGGACGACCGCUCUGAAGACGGAGCUGCAGUUUUCUGACAUGUAUUGUCUCAUGGCAGCUCACGUGUACAUCGACUUGUGGACGGAGACCGGCGAUGAGAACAUGGUGUGGCAGGGUUUGGGCGUCCUCCAGGAGGGUCUGUCUCACAGUCCCUCCAACGCCCAGUUCAAGCUGCUGCUGCUGCUCCUCUACUGUCACCUGGGAGCCUUUGAGCCCGUAGUGGACCUUUACUCCAGCCUGGACGCCAAGCACGUACAGCACGACACCAUAGGGUUCCUGUUAACACGUUAUGCUGAGUCAUUGGGUCAGUUUGCUGCAGCCUCCCAGUCCUGUAAUUUCUCCCUCAGGUUUUUCCACUCAAACCAGAAAGAUACCUCAGAGUAUAUCAUCCAGGCGUACAAGUACGGAGCGUUUGAGAAAAUCCCAGAGUUCAUUGCUCUCAGGAACAGGUUGAACCAGUCGCUGCACUUUGCUCAGGUCCGCACUGAGAGGAUGCUGCUGGACCUGUUCCUCGAGGCCGAUAUAGUGUUGAGUCUGGAGGAGAGUGUGAAGGCCAUGUCUUUGUCUGCAGAGGAGGACGACAUCCCCUGGGACAACAUGAGGGACAACAGGGACCUUACUGUUUUCACCAGCUGGGACCCUAAAGAGAGACAGUUAACUGACGAACACCGGCGUCGCUCUCUCGAGGAAGAAUCUGUCUGGCUGAGAAUACGCUCGCUGACUCUUCGUCUCCUCGCCUCUCUGGCCGAGCUCGGACACUCGCCCUCGCAACAGAACUCUGAGAUGGCCAACGAGAACGGGGUCGGAGACAAGACCUCGAUCCUCGGCAGCCUGCUGUCCCAGCUCAACCAGACUCUACAGACGGCGGCUCAGAUUGCAGAAAAACGCAUGCAGUAUCCAUUCCUGGGACCACCCUCCACCCGCCUGGCCCCCGCUCUGUCCAGUGGCAGCUGUCAGUGUCAGGCCGCAGCCCUGCAGCUGUCGGUCCACCUGCAGGAGCUGGAGACAGUCGGACUCGACGAGUCGACAGAGCUUCAGACCCAGAUCUGUAACGGUUUCAAAUCAUUAGUAGUUCAGCUUCAAGAAAUACUGAAUAAAUGCAAAGGAGAUUUAUUGGAAAUGAAAGAGAGCAAAUUAAAAACCUCGCCCUCCUUAUUAGAAAACCUAAUCUUCUUUGUUGAGACGGUCUGCAUAGUGUUGUGGAUGGCGAGUCACUGUGCCAAGAUCCUCAGACCACUCAAGACUAGUCUACAGAAGAAGAAGAAGAAGAAGAAAAAGGAUGCAAACACAGCUCUGCCAGCGGUGGUGUGUGGCUUUCAGGAGCUGACGGGGAGCUUGCAGGACCUGCUUACCCAGGCUUUGGAGCAUAUAAAGGGGCAAGAGACUGGCAUGACAGCCCUUAAACUGGCCAGUUUAAGCUUGGACGAUUACCCACAGGACGAGGCUGCGUUUAUGAAGGCUGCUAUGGACAAGGUGCAGAGCAGUUACCUGCGCUCGCUGCAGGAGGUCGGAGAUCUGCUCAAGAAGAGAGCGGAAACUAUAAAGAACCUCAAGAUCUGAAAAACCAUCGCACACCCCCAAACAAAGACGACUAUACUCCCACCAUCUGCCCCCAGUGUCCCACACCUCCAUCUGUCAGCCCAGCAGCUAACCCACGAGUCGGACGCUCCCCGCCGGUCCGACCGACCCGCCCGAGCACACCGUCGUUACUGACCUCCUCCCUCUCCUGCGUCUUUCUCCAUCUGGAUUUUUUUCUUUUCUUUUCUUCAGCACACCUCUGGGACAUUUGCAACUCUUAUAGCACACAAGCUUGUAAGUAAACUCAUGAAUUUAUACAGCAGUUCUAAGAGAAAAUGAGGAAAAAACAGACACGCUCCUUUUAAAUAAAAUAAAAAAAUAGAGCAAAUUAGGAAAAAUGAAUAAGCAGUUUUAGAUGAGCUAAUCUAAUAAAUUAUUGUACAUAGCAAAGAGCAACUACCACCACAAUAUAAGACACAAUAAACCACUAUCCUGUUUGUCAGUUAUGUUUCCUCUUUAUUCCUCACUUUGUUUUUCUGGUGACCCUGAGCACGCACGCACGCACACACACACACACACACACACACACACACACACACACACACACAGGACUGUUAACACUAAGGAGGAAAGUUCUGUCAAUGUGCUGCUUUUCCAGCUGUUUCUCCAUCAAAGAGCAAACGGGCACAAUUUUGCAUUGAACUGUUGAAGCAUUGGAUACGCGACUACCUGCAGACUGAAGUUUCCUAUUCAAGAGUUCUUUUCUCGCCCUCUUUUCUUCUUCUUCUGAUUUUAUUUUUUUGCUUUGUGUAUCCUGUGUGUCGCCUUGGUGGAACCACCUCUGUAGUUGCAGUAUUAUAAAGAGCAGCGGUGGGAUGAAUUCAAUCACCAGGACGUUUUUUUUUUAAAGAACCUGAAAAAUCUCGUCUGCCGCUAUUGUUUCCUCUUUCUUUCUUUCUUUCUUUCUUUUUGUUUAUUACUAGUUGAAGUGGUGCUUGUAAACUUGUCAAUCAUGGAAUCGGGUUGUUCAGCACAAAAAACAAAUUCAGGCAUGGAUCAAAUAAUCAGACUGGACUGAUUCUAAUUAUCUAAGAGACCAUGUGUGAAUAUCUCAAGAUGAAUAUUCACCAAAAACACGAUGCAUCGUUUCCUCUGAUGCUGCAGCCAUAGAAAGUCUUUCUAGCAAAGAGAAAUUCAGUUAAUCAGAUGCUGGACUGCAGGUUUUGGCCUACAGUGUGUUCCAGUUCAGUUCAGACCAGAACAUUUUGCUUCCUUUGGCCCAGAUCUGAUUGCACAGGCAGUUAUUUUCAGAUGCAGCUCUGUAGAAUAAUGUGCUCUGUCACAAACAGCCAACGGCUCGCAGACAAACAUUGGACCUAAGUGUAAAUAAAAGUCGAGGCAGCCUUUUUUGGAAACAUGGUGUGAAAGGACGUUAGUGUGUUUUUAAAGCCGCUGCAGUAGAUUUACUCUGUGUUGAUGUUUUUGUCAUUCCCACUGAAGACCACCCCCCAAAAACGUGAACCAAAACAAUGUCAUCAUCUUCUCAGUUUGUGAACAAUGAGCAUCUUCUAUUCUAACCAGUGACAGUUUACAGGAGGAGCACUGACUGCAGGUUGAUUUGGCAGAUCGACGUGAGGAAAUGGUCGAUCCUCCCCUUCCUGUUUGUCUUGUAGACACACACAAUCACACACAUCUGCUAAUAAAUGCCUUUUUUUGAAACCUCGAGCCCAUCUGUGGUCGAAUGGAUCCGGCUGGAGAGAAGAUGUUUGUUUAUCAGACUUCAUGUGUUGUUGUUGAGGUUCAGAAUAAUGGUUGACAAUCUGCAGCGUCAUCUCACCACCCCCUUUUGUUAGAAAAUGGAAAACAGAAACACUGGAAUGUCAAGCUUUUUUAAAUAAAAAAGUUAA